CGAGGCUCUUCGAACGUGACAUGGAGAUAAACAGACCCACACCGUCCAGACAGUUAAGGUUAUCAACGUUACGAAUUACUUCGCCAACGUAGCAUUCAUUUAAAAUUAUUAAUUACUAUAUUUUUGUGCGUGUAAAGUUCAAAGCUCAUACAGUCUCUUACUUUGACAAGCACACACUGUCAGGAUGGUUUCAUACAAGCGCCUGAACCCUGAAGAUGUUCAGUUUUCCAAUGCUGUGUUGUCGGAGGAGCCUCGAACGGUCCAACAAGAAGUUUCAUUGCAGGAGCCAGAGGAGGCCUCCUUGCUUCCACGGAUGCCGUCAUGCUCCGUCACCACAGGCCUCCUGGUUAUUGGCUGCCUGUUGCUGCUCCUCUGUGGAGGCUGGCUACUGGGCACCAUGUUCUGGCUGCACGGUUCGUCCAACCAACAGCCACAUAGACCCCCGCCACCGGCCACGGCACAAACGCCGCAAACAGAAGUAAACGACACUGUGUCUGCCUCACGUCGUCAGGCUUGCAGUUUAAUUCCAGAGGCGUGGAGGUUUGAUUGCUACCCUGAAAGAGGAGUGGUUGUGACCAAAGACUUAUGUGAGGCCAGGAACUGUUGCUUUAUCCCUGCUUCCCCCUCCCCUGCCGCCCGCCCAUCAGGGAGAAAUGGUAUCCCCUGGUGUUUCUAUCCUCCGGAUUUCCCUUCCUACUCGCUCGUGUCAAUAAACGACACAUCCCUGGGACAAAAAGGUACGCUCGUGAGAGAGGUGAAGACCCAUUACCCAGCAGACAUCCUCACUCUAGAGGUGGAGAUACGUCAUGAGACAGACACACGGCUACGUGUCAGGAUUACGGACCCUUCUAACUCAAGGUUUGAAGUCCCAAUCUCUGUCCCCACCGCCACCAAGAAGGCAGAAAGUCCAGAGUACAUAGUAGAGCUUUCAAAAGAGCCAUUUGGUCUCAUCGUGAAGAGAAGCUCUACAGGAGCUGUGCUUCUGAACACCACAGAGGCUCCUCUCUUCUAUGCGGAUCAGUUCCUCCAGUUCUCCACCUCCCUGUCCAGUCAGUUCAUCUAUGGCCUGGGGGAACAUCGCUCCACCUUUCUGCAUGAUGUCCACUGGAACACACUCACCAUGUGGGCCAGAGAUGUGCCUCCUAUGGAACAGACAAACCUGUACGGAGCUCAUCCAUUUUACCUGGCAAUGGAGGAAGGAGGGAACGCACACGGCUUCUUCCUGCUGAACAGCAACGCAAUGGAUGUGGUCCUCCAGCCGGCCCCGGCCCUCACCUGGCGUACUAUUGGUGGAAUCCUUGACUUUUACGUUUUCCUUGGUCCUGAUCCUGGUUCAGUUAUUGAGCAGUAUGUGGACGUCAUAGGAUACCCUGCGAUGCCCAUCUACUGGGCUUUAGGAUACCAUCUCUGUCGCUGGGGUUACAACACCAGUGAUUCUACCUGGGAAAUUGUCAAGAACAUGAGGAAUUAUGGGAUACCUCAGGAUGUCCAGUGGAAUGACAUCGACUACAUGGACCAAUUUAUGGACUUCACUUUUGACACGACAAAGUUCGGGACGCUGCCUGAUCUGGUCAAGGACCUGCACGCUCAUGACCAGCGCUAUGUCAUGAUCCUGGACCCGGGUAUCAGCAGUACUCAGCCAGAGGGAUCAUACAGGCCGUUCGAUGAAGGACUGAAGAAAGACGUUUUUAUUAAGGAUGCUGAAGGAAAAACACUCAUUGGGAAGGUGUGGCCUGGCCUGACGGCUUAUCCUGAUUUCUCUGAUGACGCAACACAUGAGUGGUGGUACGACAACCUGAAGAGGUUCCAUGACAAAGUGCCAUUUGAUGGAUUAUGGAUUGACAUGAAUGAACCAUCUAAUUUCCUGGAUGGAUCCACUAACGGCUGUCCAUCAAACAGUCUUGAAAAUCCUCCUUAUACACCUGGUAUACUAGGAGGUUUGCUGAGAGCCAAAACAGUGUGUGCCACUGCACAGCAGAAGCAGUCCAUACACUAUAAUAUGCACAGCCUGUACGGACUCAUGGAAGCUAAAGCCUCUGCCAGCGCUCUGAUGCGGAUCGUGGCAAAGAGACCUUUUGUGAUCUCUCGCUCCACCUUCCCCAGUCAGGGCAUGUACUCUGGUCACUGGCUGGGAGACAACAGGAGCCAAUGGAAAGACCUUUACACCUCUAUAGCAGGUAUGUUGACCUUUAACCUUCUGGGCAUCCCGCUGGUGGGAGCAGACAUCUGCGGUUUCAGUGAGGAGCCGCAGGAGGAACUGUGUGUCCGCUGGACGCAGGUCGGAGCUUUUUAUCCCUUUACACGCAACCACAACGCCAUCGACAUGAAGCCUCAGGAUCCCACAGCUUUCAGCCCUCUGGCUCGUACAGCCAUGAAACAGGCUCUGCUGCUGCGUUACUCUCUCUUCCCUGUCCUCUACACUCUCUUUCAUCACGCACAUGUGCACGGACACACUGUUGCCCGACCGCUGAUGUUCGAGUUUCCAAAAGAUGUAAGAACCUACGGGAUUGACAAACAGUUCCUGUGGGGGAAGAAUUUGUUGGUGACACCAGUGUUAGAUCCUGGAGUGGAUUCUGUGGACGGUUACUUCCCAGAGGGACUGUGGUAUGACUACUACACGGGUGACUCUGUGCGCAGUAAGGGUGAAGAGCUUCAACUCCAUGCACCUCUAGAUAAGAUCAACCUGCAUUUGCGUGAAGGAUCUGUUACACCAACACAGGCGCCCAACCUGACCCUGUGGGUGAGCAGCGGUCAGCCGCUCCACCUGGUCUCUUCUCUCUCUGACGAUGGUUCAGCCAGUGGAGACUUGUUCUGGGACGACGGAGAGAGCAUCGACACCUACGAGAGCGACCAUUACGCAUACAUCAUCUUCAGCGUCGCUCAGAACGUGAUGACGUCCCAGGUGCUCCAUAACAACGUGGAGGCCACAUACAUCACUGUGGAGUCGGCCUCCUUCUACGGUGUGAAGGAGAAGCCGAGCAGAGUGUUUGUGAACUCCCAAGAUGCAGUGUUCACCUACAGAGCCAACCAGGUGUUAACAGUUGCAGAUCUCGGUCUCAACCUCAGUCAGAACUUCACCAUCAGCUGGAUGUAAUGACUCUGAUGUUUUCAUGAUUGGUUUUACUUGUUGUUGACUGUUGAAGUCACAAGCAGACACAUAUUUAAGUGUGAGGACAGUGAUGGUUUUUCAUUGUUUUGGCUCUUUAAUCCAGAACAUUGGAUGGGAAUAACAAUUGUGAGAUUCAAGUGCUGAUUUUAAACUUUAAAGAGUAACUUAACACCGGACUGUUUCCUGUUGCACCUCAAACAAGACAGUGAUGUUACAGUGUACUGACAACAAGCCACACUGAUCCUGGAGUACACCUGUACAUCACUGCAGCAAGCUGACAAGUUAAACCACUGGAGGUUAUCAAAAACCAAAACUCUCUGCAGCUCUUAAAUUUCUCUCUAAAAUAGUUCACAUCUGUAUCGAGUGUUGUACUUCAAUUCAGGUCUAAUGUGCUUGAGCACAGAGCCAAAACAAAGCUGCCCAUUUGUCGGACGGAUAAGACAAAGUGUAAGAACGCUGAAGUGAGUGAAGUUUGUGUUAAUCUUAUUUAUAGCGCAACAUUGUCUCAAAGAUGCUUUGCACACUUCAAAUGGACAAAAGCUUAUGAAACAACGACAUGAAACCACUGACCUACAGUAGUUUAGACACUGCUUUAAAUAUGUGUGGACAUGUAUUAUUUUUAGCUGAAGUGUCAUCUGACUGAAACAAAAAGCUCAGCUUUGCCUUUAGUAUUUUAACUUUAUUUUUAGCUCCGUUUGAAUAAAAAAAAAAAAUCUCAUCAGCAGAAAGAUGAUGUGCAAUAAAUGAGAGGAUAAUUACCUUCCUGAGAAUGUGACAGGAGUCUGACUGUAGUCCAUGAUGUAAUCAACAGUAUGUGCUUUAAUGCUGUUUACAGCCCAUUCUUGCACUAAUUAGUGUUGCAGCAUUGUAAAGGUAGAUACAGGUGCCUUAUGAUUCCUGUUUGUGCGUUUUUGAGCGUUUCUGGGUUUGUUCCUUUCCAAGAUUGUAGUACUGCUCUGCCUGGAGAUGGCUUUAACUGUAAAGUUAUAAUGAAGCAGCCACAAGUCUUCUGUAGACAAACUGUGAUGCCUCUGAAGGCAGACGGCAACCAAAAGCUAAAGCCAGAUGCGUUUCACGAGCUGGUUGAGUGAAGUUUUUAUGCUCAGUCACUUUCAUUCUGCCUAAAUUUGACCUUAAUGCUGUGGAAAUCAGAAUUGAUGGGUCUCUGCACCUUAUGCAACUUUGAAGAAUCAUUUGUUCAAGGAAUCGUCAGUGCAUGUGUGUUGUGAAGUAAACUAAGCAAAACCCCAAAACAUUUUUUUUUCCGCAUGAAAAGACGACGUAUAUUUUACUGUCAUUUGUGUUGAUGUAACUGAAAUUGUGACACUAACAGUUUGCAGUGUUUUAUCAUGAAGCAUUGUGUUUUAUCUUUUGUGUAAUUGCUUAAAUGUAGUUAUAUGAACAACGUGAAAACUACAAGGGUGUCACUUUUUUUUAUCUCAGCACACCUCGUUUAAAAUGACAGUAGAAAUCUUCUACAGCAGCAACACGACAAUGAAAGGAAAUUUGGUGAUUAGUGAAUUAAUGUCUUAAAACUCAAUGUAAAGAAAUUUUCGUGUUUGUUUUUUUUGUUAUUUUUUUUGUUACAAUUGUACAAUGUCAUGUUUUGAGCCCUGAUGUGAUCAAUAGAUUAUAUUUGAAUAAAUUUUAUUUUGAUCUCGCCUGCA